AUGAAUGCAAAGUAUGGGUUUUCGAUGGACCAAAAGAAUAUGGUGAAAUUGUUGGUGACAACUAUUGAUAAUUUCACCCGAGAUCGGUUGAUUAAUAAGGAAGAGAGAGCCCAACACAAAGAACAGUGUGCAGAGAGAUUGGCAGCUGAAGAUGGAAGCUAUGAGAAAGAGAUGGCGGAGGUCCGGUAUUCGGAUCAAGCAGUGUUGGCAAAUUUGGAUUGGGGUAUUGAAGUGCUUGAAGAAGCUGUGGAGACCUCCAACAUGGAAACCAAGCUUACAAGAUUAGACCAUGCAGAGAAGAUGUUGCAGGUUUGUGCCUUGUUGAGCUCCGACCAUAAAACUGCCGGGGUUCCAAACUUCUAUCUCUCCGCUUGGGCUCACCUCAACCUUUCAUACCUGUGGAAGCUGCGGAACAAUGUUCACAAUUCAGUUCUUCAUGUUCUCGAGAUGUUUAUUGUAGACCCUUUCUUCUCGCGGAUCGAUUUCGCUCCCGAGCUCUGGAAAGACUUGUUUCUUCCACAUAUGAGCUCGAUUGUUGGGUGGUAUUCGGAGGAGAGGCACAGGCUGGUGAUGCAAGCAAUUCCAGACGCUUCUGAUUUGUCCUUCACAGCCGAUUUGGAUCAGUUCUUCAAUGAGUCUGUGAUCUUAACACUGAGGCCAGAUGAGUUGGAGAAAUUGCAGAAGCUGGAGAAGCUUUAUGGAGAAUCAUUAGAUGAGAAUACAAGGCUUUUCGCCAAACACUAUAAAGAUUGCAUGAACUCUGAUUCAACCUCAAGCAAGAGGGAGAGGAUGAUUCCAAUGUUCCCAAUUGCAGAGCCACCAACGACUCCUUUGCAUGAGGUGAACAGGUCGAUUCCAGAUUAUGUGAAAUUCGGCCCUAUCUUGCCCAAGAGUGCUGGGUUCUCAAUGCUAAACUCUAAAUAUGGUGCAAGAGAAGCAAGCCGGUCAUAUACCUUGGCUUCAUGCAGAACCAAUGUAAGUUCCAGCACCUCUCAGAUUCUGGAGGAGUCUGCUGGAUGGGACCCUCAGGAGGAUUUACUGGAAGAGAAUGAAGAUGAUUCUGAAUAUGAGGCAGAUGAUGGGUACGUGGAUUCUGAUGAAAUAUCCAACAAAAGUACAUCUCUUAGCAGAAGGACGAUGGAAACUGGGCCUAAAGCACUGCCAUAUGAAAUAAAGAUUCAAACACGUCCGAAUUCUUCUAUUUUCUCUCCUCUGGAUUCUCCCAAAACCCCGUCUCCAAAGAUUCCAUCUCCAAAACCAGACAAGCACUUUAAAAAAUUACACGUUUUACUCCUAAUGUCCACCCGUGUCAAGGAUCUGACUGUUGCCACCUCGUUGCCUGCAUCUCCUCACAUCCGGAGUGAUUCCAGCAUCAGCUCAGCAGAGUCUGAUGGUGAAACCCAGAAAAUUUUCAGGAAAAUCUGUAGCCGGAGACGAAGAAUGAGCUGUGACAAUGUGAAUAUCCAAGUAGUAGAAAAUAGUUCCAUUCAUGAAGGUGAUGAGGGAAGCCAGAGCUUCAUUUCUCUGCCAACGUCUGACAAGUCGGAUCGAACAAAACCACCUAAGGAUUUUGUUUGCCCCAUUACAAGCCAUAUCUUUGGUGAUCCUGUUACCCUUGAAACAGGCCAGACAUUUGAAAGAAAAGCAAUUCAAGAAUGGCUUGAAAGAGGAAACAUGACAUGCCCUAUUACACGGCAACCUCUCUCAGCCACUACACUGCCCAAAACAAACUAUGUUUUGAAGGGACUUAUAACAUCAUGGAAAGAACAGUAUCCUGAUCUGGCUCAGGAAUUUUCAUACUCCGAAACACCAAGAGACUCAUUUGGUUCCCAUUCCUCAAAAGAAACCCCCUUGGCCUCAACGCUUGACAGAACAAGUGAUUUCUACUGUUAUCAGAGUGUAAAUGAGCAUCUAAACAAUAGGAGCAAAAGGUUUGCGCGAGCAUCUGCAUUCUCAUCACCAACCAGUGUGAUAUCUCAAGCUGAAGUGGAAACGAUUAUUAAUGGUUUAAAACCAUAUGUUUCGUGUCUAUGUAAUUCAGAGAACUUACAAGAGUGUGAAGAAGGUGUGCUGGCAAUAGCAGGAUUACUGAAGGACUCAAAGGCUGAUCGUGGGGUUCAAUCUUAUUUAUCCAAUCCAACAAUUGUAAACGGGUUUGGGGAAAUACUAUCUGCUUCUAAGAACAGAGAAGUUCUCAGAACCUCGAUUUACAUUCUCUCAGAGCUGCUAAUUGCAGAUGAAAGUAUUAGGGAGGCUCUUUCCAGUGUAGAUUCUGAUUUUGAUUGCCUGGCUGCUCUGCUAAAGAAUGGGCUAGCUGAGGCUGCUGUUCUUAUAUUCCAGCUGAGGCCAGCAUUUUCUCAACUUUCAGUUCAUGAACUUGUACCCUCCCUUGUUCAGAUAAUUCUGAACAGAAGUACAGAGUUGGAUGGUCUUCAGUUUGUAAUGGAGCCCCAAGAUGCUGCCAUAGCAAUGCUUGAGCAGGUUUUGAUGGGAGGGGAUAAUUGCAGUAGGUCCCUCAAUGCCUUGAGUGUCAUUUCUGCAAAUGGAAUCCCUGCCUUAACCAAGUGUUUGGAUAGGUUGGAAGGCAGGAGAUCCAUUGUUUCCAUACUUUUCUGUUGCAUGCAAGCUGAAAAAAGUUGCCGGAACUUGAUAGCAAAUAGAAUUGAAUUAUCCCCAGUUCUCGAGUUAUUUCAUGCUGGAACUGAUGGUGUGAGAGGCAUAUGUAUAGAUUUUCUCUCAGAGCUUGUUCGGUUGAACAGGAGGACAUGCUGCAACCAAAUCUUGCACAUAAUAAAAGAUGAAGGAGCAUUUAGUACCAUGCAUACCUUUCUUGUGUAUCUUCAAAUGGCUCCUGUGAAGCAGCAACCUGCAAUUGCAGCCCUUCUUCUUCAGCUUGAUCUCCUGGUUGAGCCACGGAAGAUGAGCAUAUACAGGGAAGAAGCUAUAGAUGCACUAAUCGAAGCAGUCAGGAGAAAGGACUUCUCUAAUUCUCAGAUGAUGGCUCUAGAUGCUUUAUUAUCUCUUUCUGGGCGUCUGACUUCCUCCGGCGAGCCCUAUUCCGAAGCUUGGUUACUCAAGAUUGCAGGGUUUGACCAACCUUACAACGCUUUGAUGAAGGCAGAAGAGCUGAGAAAACAUGACAAUGAUUUGAUGGAAACAAUGGUUUGCAUUUGUCUGGAAGAGGAAGAGAAAGCUGCAAGCUCUUGGGAGAGAAGGGUAGCUUUUGAACUUUGCAACCACGAAAAGGGCUCUAUUUUCAAAGCCUUGGAGGAAUGCCUCAAGAGUGAUUCCCUAGAUAUGGCAAAAUCAUGCCUAGUUCUUGCCACAUGGCUCACAUACAUGCUUUCUACUCUUCCUCAUACUGGUAUAAGAGGUGUUGCUCGCAAGUCCUUGCUUGAAGAAUUCAUAAAUGUCCACCAAUCAUCUAAGAACCUGGAGGAAAAGAUUCUGGCCACUCUUGCUAUCAAAACCUUUAUUACUGAUCCAACUGCACUUGAAAUGCUGGGAGCAUAUGCUAAAAGCAUCUACAGAACCUUGAGAGAGCUCAACAGGAAUUCAGUGGUGGUGACAGAUAUAAUGAAAGCCUUGAUGAAUUUAUCAUCCGUUGAUGCAACAGAGUUGUGGAGUUGUUCUGAAAUGGUUGAGUUAGAUGCAUCCGCUAAUGGUGAGGUUGUGUCUUUGCUUCAUCUAAAUGGCCGGCUUAUAAGCAGCCACUCCGACGGAACAAUUAAGGUGUGGGAAACUGGGAAGAGGAUGAUAAGAUUGAUUCAAGAUGUUGGAGAACAUACAAAGGCUGUCACAUGCCUCUAUGUUUCAUCUUUAGGUGACAAACUAUAUAGCGGUUCCUCUAACAAAACAAUUGGGGUCUGGGCAAUCAAACCUGAAGAAAUUCACUGUCUUGAAGUUCAUGAUGUGAAAGAGGCAGUAAACGACUUGGCAGCCAAUGGUAAUGUGGCAUGCUAUGUUUCUCAAGGAACUGGAGUAAAGGUGUAUAACUGGUCUGGAGCUCCAAGGCACAUAAAUUUCAACAAAUACAUGAAAUGCCUUGCCAUGAGUCGAGAUAAACUUUGCGGUUGUUCUGGUUAUAGUAUAUUAGAGAUUGAUUUGCGCAAUUACACAUCAAACACGUUCUACUCUGGUACAAGAAAAUUAUUGGGUAAACAAGUAAUGCACUCCCUGCAUGUUCGUGAUGACCUCCUCUUCGCCGGUGGUUCUUCAGUCGAUGCUAUAGCUGGAAAGGUAUUUUCCCUUUCCACCAAGGCAGUGAAAGGAUCAUUCUCAACGGGAUUUGAUAUCCGGGUUGCCGUCAACAAUGACUUCAUAUUUACCGAGUGUGGGAUCAUUGAGGUUUGGUUAAGAGGAAGAGUCAGAAAAGCUGCUUCUAUCAAAAUGGCCCAUGCAAAGAUUACAUCAUUGACAUCAGAUAUUGAUGAAACAAUGCUUUUCGCUGGUUCCUACGAUGGAAAGAUCCAGGUUAGAACCCUAAAAAAAAAAAAAUCAUAA